CAGUUCAGUUCAGUUUCAGACUUCUCAUGGUGCUAACCGAAUUGGCUGCGCGUUUUUUCCCUCGUUGCACUCGUGUUUGACUUGCCGCUUUUUUAAACAGAGCUGAGGCAAAACAGAAAACAGAAAAAAAAAAAGAAAAAAGAAAAACACUUUGUUGUCUCGUGUCGCGUCUACGUUGCGUAUGUGUAUUUCGCCUGUAUUUGUGCUGCUUCUAAAAAGAGUUGUCUGCUUUCAAUUACAGUAACGCCAAUUAAUCGUUGGCCACCGCCAUCGGACUCUGUUGCAAGGUCAAUAAACGCAACUCGCCUUAAUUAAUAAUAAACAACACAGCAGCAACAGCAACAGCAAAAGCAAACAGCAAACAAAAUGCAGUGCGGCCUGGAGCAAAUGAAUGAUUGUGAACGCUCUCCAAAUCGAACAAAUCUGCGCGUCAAUUUCAAUGAGAAGGGCGCGGAGGUGAAGGAGCGCAGAGAGAAGUUCCUCACAGCCAAAUAUGGUUCACAUCAGAUGAGCUUGAUCAGGAAGCGACUGGCUGUCGAGAUGUGGCUAUACGAUGAGCUGCAGAAGCUCUUUGAUCCACCGAGCGAGGCCAUCGAUGUGGAUAUUGAUGAGAUUCUCGAUAUGGACACAGAUGACAUAAGAAGAUCUCAUCUUAUUAGAUUACUGUCAGUGUGCAAACGCCCGCAAUCGGACAUAUCGAAAUUUAUUAGUGAUCUUUUAGAUCGGGCAAAAACGCUGUAAAUCGCUUGAUUCACACACACACAAAAACACAACAAAAAUCAUUAAAGAUAAACAUAAACAAAUAUUUACAUACAUAUACUUACAUAAUAAAAUAUGCAAGCGAAAUACAAUUAAUUUUAAGUUUAGCUGCUUUAAGAUCCACACGAGAACAAAGAAUAAAAUUUAUAGAAUUUAUCAUUUUUUUUAUCAUUCAUAGUUAUGUUUUUCCAUUUCCUUUUUCCUAAUUUCAAAGUGUAGUCUUAAUUUAAUUAACACCGACAAAAGCAAAAAAAAAAAAAUGCAUCGUUUAGCCAUAAGAAAAUUUAAAUCAUAA